GGUGUUAGUGCGGUAGCAGCCAUCCCCCAUAGCUGCGCCUCUUAAUCCCGCCCUCUAGGCUUUCCCAGGCUUCCAAGCUUCGAUGUUCCUAAACUUCCUAGGUUCUUAGGCUUGACUACAAUCUAAGCAGGUACGCCUCUACAUGUACACGUAUGGACCCGACUCAAUGUGUCACAGCCCACUUUCUAUGCCCACCUAGUGCUGCCGACCUUGUCAAUGAAGCAAUUCCUAAAGCUUUACCUCCGUUUUUCUCUUUUCCAUUCAACAUUUCCCACUUCAUUCGUCAAUAUUGCGCCUAGUCGCGUAUUUACAGUGACACUGUCUUGAAGCUCUCGAUUGUCCUUGCCACAACUGCUGGCAGAGAGCUAUCUCUCAUUACGCAGUUUCCUUUCACGCCACCUUUUCCCUGCCCCGCCGAGUGCAGUUGGAACUCUCGACCACACUUUUUUUUUCGCUCUUCGGUUUGGGAGGACCAUCUGGCAUUGAUUUUGGAAGUCGCCGGCCGAGACGACUUAGAUAUUGUCUAAACACCCACAAGCAAUCAUGAGCUACGAUUCCGAAAUCCACUCGCCGAAUGACAUGAUGGUCGACACGCAAGAUGAAAUGGUCGUCCAACCGGCCCUUACUGAGAAGGACCAGAUAGCCGAAAUCAAUCCAGAACAGCUAGAUGCCGAUGCCGAGAACCUCGAGAAUGUCAUCCUAGCUACCGAUCAUGAGGCUAUGAAGGAGAUAGUCCUCCCUCCUCUCCUAGAUGAGCCCAAGGUUCUAGAAGAUGUCGUCAACACAUGGACUGUAGAAAAUUGGAGAGCCUUAUCCAAGAAAGAGCAUGGUCCCAUAUUCGAGGCUGGAGGAUUUCCAUGGCGAAUUCUUCUCUUCCCAUUUGGAAAUAAUGUUGACCAAUCCUCAAUAUAUCUUGAACAUGGCUUCCAAGAUACAAACAGCAUACCCGAAGACUGGAGCUGUUGCGUGCAGUUCGGUUUGGUCAUGUGGAAUAUUAAUGACCCAUCUCUCUUCUACCAUCAUACGGCUCACCACCGUUUUACCAAAGAAGAAAGCGACUGGGGUUUCACGCGGUUCCUGGAGCUGAGAAAGAUGUUCCAACAGGGAUGGGACAACUCAGGUCGGCCACUGGUUGAAAACGACUCAGUCAAUAUUACUGCAUACGUUCGUAUAGUAGAAGAUGAGACCGGCGUGUUGUGGCACAACUUCAACAACUAUGAUUCCAAGAAAGAGACCGGUUAUGUCGGCCUCAAGAACCAGGGUGCCACAUGCUACCUUAACUCCCUACUACAAUCAUUAUUCUUUACCAAUGCCUUCCGAAAAGCCGUUUACGAAAUCCCGACUGCUGAAGAUGAGAGCAUAACUAACAGCGCCUAUACCCUCCAGAGACUGUUUUAUCAGCUCCAAAUAUCAAAUAGUGCUGUAGGCACCAACGAGCUCACAAAGUCUUUUGGUUGGGAUACGCGUCAUAUCUUCGAGCAGCAAGAUGUACAGGAGUUGUCGCGCAAGCUAAUCGAACGUAUGGAGGAGCGGAUGAAGGGCACUGCAGCCGAGGACGCCCUUCCGCGCAUGCUGAGUGGUAAGGUCAAAACGUAUGUUUCCUGUAUUGACGUCGAGUACGAGUCCAGCCGAGUUGAAGAUUUUUGGGAUAUCCAACUCAAUGUUCGAGGGAUUCCAAAUCUUGAGGGUAGCUUUAAGGACUAUAUUCAACAAGAGACACUUGAUGGCGAUAACAAGUAUUGGGCGGGCGAUGAGUUCAAGUAUCAGGAUGCUCGUAAGGGCGUGAUCUUCAAGAGUUUCCCUGAGGUCCUGCACCUACACUUGAAGAGGUUCGAGUAUGAUAUCCAACGCGAUACGAUGAUGAAGAUCAACGAUCGUUUCGAAUUUCCCGAGGUUCUAGACCUAACGCCCUAUCUUGAUCAGGACGCGGAUAAGUCUGAGCCGUGGACCUACAAGUUGCAUGGUGUCCUCGUGCACAGUGGAGACCUUAACGCUGGUCAUUACUAUGCAUAUCUCAAGCCUAACAAAGAUGGCUGGUUUUACAAAUUCGAUGAUGAUAAGGUCACGAAAGCGACUAUGAGAGAAACGUUGGAGGACAACUUCGGCGGCGAGUAUCCUGCUUCGCUCGUACAAUCUCGCGCAGGUCUUCAAAAGAAGACACCGAUUAUGCGCCAGAUGAGCGCGUACAUGUUGGUGUACAUCCGAGAGUCUCGUCUAGAUCAAGUCUUGACUCCCGUACAAAAAGAAGACUGCCCUCCACAUCUUCAGAAACGACUGGAUGAAGAAGCAGCUGCACGAGAAGCGAAGCGCAGAGAACGUGAGGAGCAGCACCUAUACCUUCCUGUUAAGGUCAUUACGGAAGAAACAUUCAAGCACCAUGGGUCGACUGAUCUUACGAACUUCGACGCUAACCCUAGCGAGGAUCCGGCGGCCCCUAAGUUCUACCGUACCAAGAAGCAAACAACCAUCGAGGAACUAGUUGCGAUAAUUGCCCAGGACUUGGGCCAAGACCCUAAGAGGGUGCGCUUGUGGAUUAUGGUAAAUCGUCAGAACAAGACGACUCGGCCUGACCAACCGAUCAUGGACUUGAGACCUACGAUAGAAGAAACCUACGCCCGUAUGUCUACCACGACUAGGGAUUAUGCGUUGAGAGUAUGGGCUGAAGUUGCGGAGGAGGUCGAUGCUAACGGGGAAGCUAUUUGGCCUACUUAUCAAAGCAAUGCCAACGGUGUCAUUGUCAAAAAUGACUUAAUCCUUCUCUUCUUGAAGCAUUUCGACGCUGAAAGGCAGGUUCUCGAAGGUGUAGGCCAUAUCUACGUCAGCAAGGAGAAAAAGGUCGAGGAGUUAGUCCCCGUGAUCGCAAAGAAAAUGGGUUGGGGUGACAAACUGCCUUCAGGAGAACAACUAGCAAUGUGGGAAGAAAUAAAGCCGGCUAUGAUCGAGGCUCUUAAGGCGAAGCAGUCCUUGAAAGCCGCCGAAUUACAGGAUGGCGACAUCAUAUGUUUCCAGAAAGUCCUCGAGAGAAAGUCGGCUGAAAUACUAGGGAAGCUUCCCCGUCUAGGAGAUAAGAACUCCGAAGAGACUACGCGGCGAUGGGAUCGAUACGACGACGCCAAAUCAUUCUACGACUUUCUCUGCAACAAAAAGGAAGUUCGCUUCGAUCCUCAUCCUCGCUGUGAAAAGGCCAAUUACCAAAGCUUUAUCCUUACCCUCAGCACAAAGAUUAGCUACGAUCAACUUUCCGAGAGGGUCGGUGAGCAGUUAGGAGUUGACCCCACCCAUCUCCGCUUCUUCACAGCCAAUGCUUCGACAGGCAGCCCCAGGACAGCAGUAAGAAGGGCGGCCAACCAAACGCUUGGCUUAAUACUCAACCCGAACGGAUAUACCCAGCAAAGCAUGCAAACCAAACCCAACUCAUUAUUCUUUGAGGUCUUGGAUAUGAGCCUUGCAGAGCUUGACACCAAGAAGAGCGUCAAGGUGACAUGGUUGAGUGAAGGCAUCACAAAAGCAGAAACUUUCGACGUCUUGGUGAAUAAGCAAGGACAUAUUGAAGAUCUCAUCCAGGCGUUUGUAAAGAAAGCGCAACUGAAAGAUGAGAGUGAAGGAGGUCGAAUUAGGGUCUACGAGAUUCAUCAUCACAAGUAUUUCCGAGACCUAGGACCUAACUAUCCGGUUAUCAGCAUAAACGACUACGCAGAUGUUAUCGCCGAGCGGAUUCCAGACGAAGAGGCGGAUGCCCACGAAAACGAUCUCAUCAAGGUUAUCCAUUUCCAGAAUGACCCUAGUCGCGUACAUGGGAUUCCAUUCAAGUUCCUUCUCAAAGAAGGCGAGCUGUUCUCGGAGACGAAGAAGCGACUAGAGAAUCGAACAGGUAUCAAGGGCAAGGCCUUUGAAAAGAUCAAGUUCGCGAUAGUGCGAAAGUUCCAGAAGCCGGCUUAUAUCAACGACGGUGAGAAAUGGAAAAUACGUUUUCUACGUAGCAUAGCUAACAUGAGACAGACGAUGUACUUUUCGAUGAGGGAGGUACGAUAGAAGACGACGUCAUGCUUGGGUUAGACCAUCUGGACCGUACGAGAACGACACGAAAUGGAGGAGAAAUGUUCCUAAAGUAAGCUUCUACAUACGUAGCUAAUUCUUCGGAUACAUUCGCUCCUAUGAACUCCCGGAGUUCCUCGGGGUUUCCGGUCGCGCAGCGAAGAUAUGAAUCCAUCGACGAUCUCGACUAAUGACCGGCAACCUCUGGCUGAGCUGUGCCUUUUGUAUUAAGUGAUUAUUGGCUUUCUACGGCAGUUUUGCCUAUUCCCCUAGACAUACUUACAGGUGGUUCCAAAACACGCAGUGGGGCAAGGCAAUGGGGAAACAAUCAGGGGCUAGGAAGUCAAUGGAAACGUCUUAAUGCAGUAUCGUUAAUGAGGACGAAGCAUUGCGGAAGGCGUACAUGCAGAAAUGUAUCCAUGGCGAUUAAACAAGGGUUUUUUAGGGCGAGUUUAGGCGUCUCUUCAUUGAGCAAAGCAGUUUCAGAACUGCCUACGGACUUGUCCCUAUGCAUAAAAUCGUGGAGCUAGAUGCUGAUGACCCCAGGGUCGGGCAACUUGAGCUUGCUUUAUGAAUACACCAAGUUCUUUCCUCUGUUA